AUGAGGUUCCUAGAUCAAUGGAGGAUUGUGACUGGCAUCUCAGAGCUCUCCCACUUCUCCGACUUAGUGCAGAUCCGCUCAGUGCACAGGGCUGUCUUGCACCAGGAGUACAAUCCACACACGAAGACAAAUGACAUCGCUCUCAUCCAGCUUGACCGCCCUGUGGCCUUUGAUGACCUCACACAGCCAGCCUGCUUGCCCAGCACCCGAAUGGCUGUCACCACCUUCUCCCCAUGCUACAUCAGCGGUUGGGGCACCACCACCCACAACAACGAAGACACAGCUGACAUCCUGCAGGAGGCCAAGGUGCAGCUCAUUGACACCACCACCUGCAACAGCAGCAGCUGGUACAAUGGGGCCAUCGCCAGCAACAACCUGUGUGCAGGGUAUGAGCAAGGAGGCACCGACAGCUGCCAGGGGGACAGUGGGGGACCCUUAAUGUGCAAAGAUGCGGUCACAGCCCGGUAUUAUGUGAUUGGCAUCACCAGCUGGGGACAAGCCUGUGCCCAGCCCUACAAGCGGGGCCGAUACAUCUCUACCCAGCCCUUUCUGGAGUGGAUCCUGGAGAUCACAGGGAUCCUGGAGCCCGAGCAGAAGGCAAUGCCUGAGGAGAUACUGCCACCACAGAUCACUUCCCUCCAGCCUCCUGCGGAUGCCACCAAGCUUGCACCUCUCCUUCUCCCUGUCCUGCAAGAGUCAGUCCCCCCCCUGGAGCCACCAUACGUCCCUCCCGAGCCAGUCCCUUCCCUGGAGCCGCCCUACAUACCCCCAGAGCCAGUCCCUUCCCUGGAGCCGCCCUAUAUCUCACCAAAGCCAGUCAUUCUCCCUGAACCGGUCACCCCACACAGACCAUUCGUCACCCACAAAGCCAUUUAUCCCCCACAAAUUAAUCCCUCCAGGCCAGUAAUUGUCCUGAAAUUACUGAUCCCCCCAAAGAUAUACCCCCAUAGUCAUCACAAAGCGAGUAGCCCGCCCAUGUCACUCAGCAGCCCCUCCCGACCAGCUGUCUCCGCCUUGUCUGCACCCCAGAAGUCUGGAGCCCAUCAGGAUUAUAAGAGAGACUGAGGCAAACUGGGAAGAACAGUCUUGACUCAACCUACUGGGGGAAUGCAGAGCCUGACGGGGAUCAGCAGCACCUGCUGCCCUGAGGGACGGUGAGCGAGUGACCCGGCCCACGUGCGCAUUACACGUGUUAAGUUUCCCUCUUUGGUGCCCUUCUCGUCUGUUUGCAAGGCACCCGUGUCUCUGCCCCUCCUCAGGAGCUGAAGCUCAGCGCUGCUCAGGCAACCAAGGUACCAGGCUCAUGUCCCACACAGAGGGGCCUAUCUGGAUCUUCACCCAUCCUGCUCUGCUUGCAUCUUUCUAAAAUUAUCUGCAACCAUAGCUGACAGAUUUGCAGAGAUUGAGAGGACAAUGGUGGUGAGGAUGGCACAUAGAGCUGGCCUGCUGUCCCGAGGGUCCCUUCCAGCCCAUGGAGUCCUGUGGCCACAGGGCCUGCAGGCAGGAGAGAUGGGGAGAGGAGAGACGCUAGAGCCUCCCUUCAGUGUUCCAGUGGGGAACAGGCACACAUAGGCUACG